AUGGACGAAGCCGGCGGCUGUGCGAGCGGCGGAGGGUUCCGCCCGGGUGUAAACAGCCUUGAUGAGCCGCCCAACAGCCGUAUCUUCCUAGUGAUCAGCAAGUACACGCCCGAGUCAGUGCUUAGGGAGCGUUUCUCGCCCUUCGGCGAGAUCCAGGAUAUCUGGGUGGUGCGAGACAAACACACCAAGGAGUCCAAGGGCAUCGCUUUCGUCAAAUUUGCCCGCAGCUCGCAGGCCUGCAAGGCCAUGGAGGAAAUGCACGGCCAGUGUCUCAGCCCCAACGAUACCAAGCCUAUUAAGGUGCGGGUGGCCGCGGGGGCGGUGUCGGGAGGAGAGUCCUCGGGCCUCAGCUCCCCCGAGGUAUAUGGAGAUAUCGAGUAUUGCAGCAUUAUUAAGAAUAAAGUCACUGGAGAAAGUAAAGGUUUGGGCUAUGUACGAUACUUAAAACCAUCACAAGCUGCCCAAGCAAUAGAAAACUGUGAUCGAAGUUUUAAGGCAAUCUUGGCUGAACCUAAAAACAAAGCAUCUGAAUCUUCUGAACAAGAUCAUUACAGUACCAUGAGGCAGGAGACUUUGGUACAUGAACCUAGAGUAAAUAUGUUUCCAUUUGAACAACAACCUGAAUUUUCAAGUUUUGAAAAGAGUGACAACAGAGGCCAGGAAGCUAUCUCCAAGCGCUUAUCAGUUGUAUCACGAGUUCCUUUCACUGAAGAGCAGCUUUUCAGCAUUUUUGAUAUAGUACCAGGAUUGGAAUAUUGUGAAGUUCAACGAGAUCCUUAUUCAAAUUAUGGUCAUGGAGUGGUUCAGUAUUUUAAUGUGGCAUCAGCUAUUUAUGCAAAAUACAAGUUACAUGGAUUUCAGUACCCUCCUGGAAAUCGAAUAGGUGUUUCCUUCAUUGAUGAUGGGAGUAAUGCAACAGAUCUCCUUAGAAAAAUGGCAACGCAGAUGGUAGCAGCACAGCUUGCAUCAAUGGUGUGGAAUAACCCAAGUCAGCAGCAGUUUCUGCAAUUUGGAGGAAGUUCUGGAUCACAGUUGCCUCAAAUCCAAACAGAUGUUGUACUUCCAUCAUGCAAAAAAAAAGCCCCUCCUGACACUCCUGUGAAAGAAAGACUUUUUAUUGUGUUUAAUCCUCAUCCUUUACCCUUAGAUGUAUUAGAGGAUAUAUUCUGUCGUUUUGGUAACCUGAUCGAAGUUUACCUUGUGUCAGGAAAAAAUGUGGGGUAUGCCAAGUAUGCAGAUAGAAUAAGUGCUAAUGAUGCCAUUACGACUUUACAUGGAAAGAUCCUGAAUGGGGUCAGGCUUAAAGUUAUGCUGGCAGAUUCCCCAAGAGAAGAAUCUAACAAAAGGCAAAGAACUUACUGA